AUGCCCAUACGCCUCUUCCCCGCUAACCGCGUGCUCUCGUCAACGCACCGCGGCCUCAGUACGCUCCUCACAGAGCUCCGCGCCGUGGACUCAGACCAGACAAAAUCACGCAACUCACUCACGCAUAUCCGUCUGCGCUUCGACCUACUCGUCGACACAUUUGAGGACGAGAAGCUGCGCCUGAGCAAGAAGGCCUUCACGAGAAUUCUCUACAGAAGGGACUUACAAAAUGUCGAGAAGUACAUUGUCAUGGUCAGGCAGGAUAUGGAUAGAACGAGCAGGGACAUCGAGUGGUUAUGCAAGCAGAUGGAGUUGAAUGCUGCACGCAGGAGUGGGGGAGCGGAUUCAGUGGAGCAGGAGGUGUUUGGUUUGGUGUUGGGGACUACGGUGAGGUCACGGUAUACGCUGGUGAGUGCGAAUUAG